GGCUGCCCGGCCGGUGUGCGCCGGCGGCGGGAGCAAACCGGAGCGAGGAGGAGUUUGGCGCGGGGUCAGGAGAGUCAGGCAGGUGGCAUGAGCAGGAGCAGGAGCAGGGGGUCGCCGUGAGCACCAUGUGGGAAACGGAGGGUCUGCAGACGUUCGGCAUCGUGUUGAUUGUGUGCGCUUCGCUCAAGCUGCUUCAUCUGCUGGGGCUUAUCAGCUUCUCUGAGGAUAGUGUCGAGGAUGAGCUGGAACUGUCUGCUGUACGCCAUCGACCAGAAGCUUUGGAGCAGCUGGAGGCUCAAACGCGUUUCUCACGCAAAGAGCUUCAAAUCCUCUAUCGGGGCUUUAAGAAUGAAUGCCCCAGUGGUGUGGUCAACGAAGACACAUUUAAGGAAAUUUACUCUCAGUUCUUCCCGCAGGGAGAUGCAUCAACGUAUGCACAUUUUCUGUUCAAUGCAUUCGACACAGAUCACAAUGGCUCUAUCAGUUUUGAGGAUUUUGUGAUGGGUCUCUCCAUUCUCUUACGAGGCAGCGUUCAGGAGAAGCUUAACUGGGCAUUUAACCUGUAUGAUAUGAAUAAAGAUGGAUAUAUAACAAAAGAGGAAAUGUUAGAUAUCAUAAAGUCCAUCUAUGACAUGAUGGGGAAAUGCACAUAUCCCAUACUUAAAGAGGAAACUCCACGACAGCAUGUGGAGAUCUUUUUCCAGAAAAUGGACAAAAACAGGGAUGGAGUGGUCACUAUAGAUGAAUUUAUAGACUGCUGUCAAAACGACGAGAACAUCAUGAGAUCAAUGCAGCUUUUUGAGAACGUCAUUUAACAUCUGAAUGGACUCUGUUGGCGGGCCAGCUCACAUAACCACCUUUAUACUCCACAAACCCGACAUCCUCAAUGAUACAGUACAAGUCAGAUUACUAGCAGUGCUUUACCCAUAAACUAAAAUUAACAGCAUUUUGAAUAUCAAAGAAAAAUUAUUUUUACAUUUUUUGUCAUAUACUUGUAAAAAAUGUAUACCUUUAUUUAAGGUAUAGUCUGAUAAUCAUCUAUUUCUCCUAAAGUAUACUCUGUUAAUCAUCUAUAACUAGAAGCCAUUGUACAUCUUAAAGUAACAUUUCAUACAUUGGCCCUUAAACACAAACAGAGUUAAUUUCUGUGCAUAAAUCCAUUCUUAGAUUGAAACAAUUUACAAGGAAUAUUUGACAUACAAUUUACUUAACUCCUUAGUUAAAGGAAUAGUUCACCCAACAAUGAUAGUUUGCUGAAAAUUUACUCAA